AUUACUAGUUUUAAUAAUAACAAUAAUAAUAUAUUUAUUAUUAUAUUGAUAUAUGAAUGGGUAGAGAAUGCCGGAACUGCGCAGUGGCGUCCGCCGUGCCCGUGCUCCCGUAGUCCACCGAUCCGAACAUCUCGUCGGCAAUUACGUCAAGACCCGUGCCGCCGCCGCUAAGGAGGCCGCCGCUAAGGCUGCUGCUCCUCCUCUCCAUCAACAACAAAAUAACAAAAACAUUACCAAGGGUUUAGUUCCAAAUCCGGUCAUUAUACCAGAGGAAGAUAAACUACAAGAAAUUAUGGCCGAUGCUAGUAAUAAUCAGGAAGAAGAAGAAGAAGGGAAUACUGCCCCAUUUCCUGAUAUGGUGCAAGUAGGUGGAUCACCAGUAUAUAAGGUCGAGAGAAAGUUGGGCAAAGGCGGGUUCGGUCAGGUAUUUGUAGGCCGUCGUGUUUCUGUAUCAGGUCCUGGUGCCACAGAGGUAGCUAUUAAGUUUGAGCAUAAAAACAGCAAAGGCUGCAGUUAUGGUCCUCCAUACGAGUGGCAAGUUUACAAUACUCUGGGCGGCAGUCAUGGAGUGCCUAGAGUUCACUAUAAAGGAAAACAAGGAGAUUACUAUGUGAUGGUCAUGGACAUGUUGGGGCCUAGUUUGUGGGAUGUUUGGAAUUCUUCUGGGCAAACGAUGUCAUCAGAAAUGGUUGCUUGUGUAGCUGUCGAGUCCUUGUCGAUUUUGGAAAAAAUGCAUUUCAGAGGUUACGUGCACGGAGACGUAAAGCCGGAAAACUUUCUUCUCGGUCAACCAUCAACACCUCAAGAAAAAAGACUAUUUCUUGUUGACUUAGGGCUAGCAACCAAGUGGCGAGAGGGUGCUGGUGGUCAGCAUGUUGAGUAUGAUCAGAGGCCCGACAUGUUUAGAGGAACGGUUAGAUACGCGAGUGUGCACGCACAUUUGGGUAGGACAGCGGGUCGACGAGACGAUCUCGAGUCUCUUGCGUACACGCUUGUGUUUCUUCACCGCGGUAGACUACCUUGGCAAGGCUAUCAGGGCGACAACAAGUCAUAUCUAGUUUGCAAGAAGAAGAUGACAACGUCUACCGACGCGUUAUGUGAACACUGCCCCGCUCCGUUAAAGCAAUUUCUUGACGUAGUUGUGAACAUGAAGUUUGAUGAGGAGCCUAAUUAUUCGAAGCUAAUAUCUUUGUUCGAAGACCUGCUUAGCCCAAAUCCUGUCAUAAGGCCCAUUAACACAGAUGGUGCCCAAAAGAUUAUAUUACAAGUUGGACGGAAACGGGGUAGAUUAAAUCUUGACGAGGAAGACGACGGGCAGCCUAGAAAGAAGAUCCGUAUAGGAGUUCCCGCAACGCAGUGGAUUUCGGUUUACAAUGCCAGGCAACCUAUGAAACAGAGAUACCAUUACAAUGUUUCCGAUGAAAGACUGGCACAACAUAUCGAGAGGGGAAACGCUGACGGUUUACUCAUUAGUUCGGUUGCGUCUUCGUCUAACCUGUGGGCCAUUAUAAUGGAUGCUGGAACCGGCUACUCUAGCCAAGUUUACGAGUUGUCACCUAUCUUCUUACACAAGGAAUGGAUAAUGGAACAAUGGGAAGAGAACUAUUACAUUAGCGCCAUUGCCGGUUCAAACAAUGGGAACUCGCUUGUCGUGAUGUCUAGAGGGACCCAGUACAGUCAACAGUCAUACAAAGUUAGUGACUCGUUCCCGUACAAGUGGAUAAACAAGAAAUGGAGAGAAGGGUUCCAUGUGACAUCGAUGGCUACUGCCGGUACACGAUGGGGUGUCGUCAUGUCUCGCAAUUCCGGUUUCAGCGAGCAGGUCGUGGAGUUGGAUUUUCUGUAUCCGAGUGAGGGUAUCCAUAGACGGUGGAAUAAAGGUUACCGUAUCACCGCAACUGCCGCAACGGAGGACCAGUCUGCUCUCAUCUUAAGUAUGCCCCGUCGCAAGCCCAACGAUGAAACGCAAGAAACUUUACGUACGUCUCAGUUUCCAAGCACGCAUGUCAAGGAAAAGUGGGCGAAAAAUUUGUAUCUUGCUUGCAUAUGCUAUGGAAGAACCGUGUCUUGACAAGGGAAGCCCGUUAGACGAUUUUCUGAAAAUGAGGAAGCUGUUUAUCGUUUUUUUUUUUUAAUUUUUUUCGUCUUUUUUUAACUGCUUUGGUGACUGAAGACCGAAGUUAGAUGUUGGGAUUUUUGCUAGUAGAAUGAAUGUCGGUCUUGUAAAGGCAGCAUUAUAUCGAAUUUUAAAGCUGUAUAGUUUGUCGCCUUUUUAUAGUUUGCGCAAAUAAGUUUUAACAUUAGAUUC